GAAAAAUCGAUCCAUAUCUCAAUAUGAAACAUAGACAAAUAAUUAUCGUUACUCGGCCGUGCGGAGAAGAACCCUGAAUUACUAACCGGUCUGUCCUACGUUAUUUCACCUGCACACUAUACCUAUAACUCUCGCUGUAAUCCGUUUAAUUCAUGCCAGAGCUGUCCAGGAAACGAAAAUGUUUAUCAUCAUCAAGUCAUUCAGUAGUUUUGAAGCGACCGUACAACUAUAAACGAUUAGACUUUACCAAAUCUUUACUCUCAAAUGAACUGGUUUUGCAUAUAUUCAGUUUCCUAUCAGCAAGCGAUCUUGCCCGAUGUGCGAAAGUCAGCACAAGUUGGUCUCGUCUUGCCAACGAUGAGACGUUAUGGAAGCCCUUAUUUUUACGCAGGUUUCGUAAUCCGUUGCUGGUCGACAUGAAGGAGCAUCCAAAAUUAUUAAAACGAUGGUCCGAACGAGCACACUGUCGUAAUCAUAGUAAAAAGCGAGCACGAUUAGAAUGGAAAAGCAUGUACAAGACGAAUCACAACUGGCGAUCAGGAAAAUGCCGGUUGACUUGUGUUGACGUUGGUGGCGAACAAGAAAAAUCUGUUACAACAGAUAGCGUCAGCAACGUUAGAUCUUACGUUCAAUUCGCCCACGACAUAUUAUACAUUGCCUACACAACAGUGCCAUUGAUUGAAAUAUGGCAUAUCAAGAAUAGUCGACAUCCGGUCAUGCUAAGACAACUCGAGACGACGACGACGACGACGACGACAACGCCGGUAUCAAACAUAGAGCAAAUAUCAUGUUUAAAACUGGAUACGUCUACACUUGGCCUCCACCGUUUGGUCGUUGGUUAUGUCGGUGGAGGAUUGUCGGUUUGGGAAAUCAAUUGGACUGACAGUGGCCGUUGCUCUGCGUCAGAAGUAGCCGUAUAUACGCCCAAGGUAACGAGGAUGGGACGAAUUGUAUCGAUUGGUGUAUCUUAUCCGAUGCUAUUGACAUGCUCGUCGGAUAUGAGAUUAUCUGCAUUUUGUCUCGAUAGCUCCUCUCGCACGAGGGGCAAAGUUACUGCACAAGCACGGCUCGUGUAUGAGCUACAGAGCCAUAUCCAAUGGAGCCCGAUAUCAGUGGAAUUAGACAAGUUGGAUCAUACAGAGAAUCGUUGGCGGGCAAUGAUAUGUUUUGGAAUGCCCGUGGGACUGAAUACUUACUCAGUUGGUAUACAGGAAGUGAUUUUAUCGACGGAUACGUUGAUUUCAUCAAGGCAUUGUGCCGCCUUAAGCCAAGAAGAUUUAUUUUUUGCAUCACCACUUUCGAGUCAUACGCUACCCGAAUGUUCACAGCAACCAAUUACAGCCAUUAGUUAUUCCGAACCGUACCUGAUUACGGCACAUGCCAAUAAUACGAUCAAGCAGUACUACGUCCGGUUUUCGGAGAAGAAGAUGGAACUUAUCUAUGCGCAAACAUUGUACGGACACACAUCCAAAGUCAGUGCACUUGCCCUUGAUGCAUCAAUAGGCAGAUUGGUGAGCGGCGACCGAUUCGGGCUUAAAGUAUGGGACAUAUCGUGCAGCGGAAGACUGAAUGUGAAACACGACGAACCAGGUAACCAUAGCAACGAUCAGGUCGCAUUCUAUCAGCGUCGACGAAUCACUGGUACUGAGUAUAUCGUAUCCAUCGACGGAGCAAUCGAAAAGACCACAUCAAAAGACAAUGUGUCUUUUCGAGAUAUGGAGUGGCUGCAGUUUGAUAGCGAUAAGAUCGUUGCAGUGGUCCGGGAUGAAAGCAAAGUCAACAGCGAACGUGAAAAGGUUUCUGUGCGUAUCUGGUCCUUUUCAGAUGCCAGCUAAUUCUUUUCACAAAUAUUUUGUACAUUAUGUUUAAAUAUAUCUACAUAUAUAAUAUUUAAUACAUGGGUUAUCUUUACAAUCGGUUAUCAUACCGUCAAGCUGCAAGAACACAAAGAACGUUUGUCAAACAUUUUGCAGUGCCUGCAGCACCUGGUUUACAACAAGCAAAAUUUUGUAUGAUCCAAUGUUGCUGGACUUGGUGUUUAUUACAGUAUUA